AUGGGUAACUCUUCUUCGAAGAAACAUUCGUCGAAAAAUAAUGAUAAUAAUUUAAGUGAAGAAAAAAAAAAUGGUUCGAAUUCAGGUCCUGUAAAUUCAUCGAUAAAGGAUGCAUUAACCGUCGACACCAGUAACACCAGUAAAGACAAUAUUAAUAAUACUUCAUCAAAUUCUGAAGAUAGUUCACCAAUUUCACCAACAUCACCAAUUCUCCGACGACCGAUUGGAAAUGAUGAUUCCAAUAAUAAUGCCGUAGAGGCUGGUUCAGAUGGACAGUUAGUUCCUCUUAAUAGCGCGCCCACCAAUGAUCGUAUGAAGUCCUUCGAUAUUGAUGACAUUAUACAACGUCUCAUUGCCGUUGGGUGUUCUAAUAAGGUUUCAAAGUCUGUGUGCUUAAAAAAUGUGGAAAUACAUGCUAUUUGCCAUGCUGCACGUGAGGUAUUUUUAUCACAGCCAACGCUCAUUGAACUUUCCCCACCGGUCAAAAUUGUCGGCGAUGUUCAUGGUCAAUAUUCCGACCUUAUCCGGUUAUUCGACAUGUGUGGGUUUCCUCCUUCAGCAAAUUAUUUAUUUCUUGGUGAUUAUGUGGAUCGUGGAAAGCAGAGUUUGGAGACUAUACUGCUUUUACUCUGCUACAAGAUUAAAUACCCGGAAAAUUUUUUUUUAUUGAGAGGAAAUCACGAAUGUGCAAAUGUAACAAGAGUAUAUGGAUUUUAUGACGAAUGUAAACGUCGAACAAAUAUCAAGACAUGGAAAACUUUCAUUGGUGUUUUUAAUUGUCUCCCAAUCGCCGCCAUUGUAGCAAACAAAAUUUUCUGUGUACAUGGUGGUUUAUCGCCUUCUCUCUCAUCGAUGGAUGAGAUUCGGAGUAUCCAACGUCCUAUAGAUGUGCCAGACUAUGGACUGCUUAAUGAUCUGUUAUGGUCAGAUCCUUCGGAUACGGCUGUAGAUUGGGAGGAUAAUGAACGAGGCGUUAGCUACUGCUUUGGCAAGGCGAUUAUCCAUGAAUUUUUGCAACGACAUGAUUUUGAUUUAGUGUGUCGUGCACAUAUGGUAGUUGAGGACGGUUAUGAGUUUUUUAAUGAUAGAACGUUGGUAACUGUGUUCUCUGCUCCAAAUUAUUGCGGAGAAUUUGAUAAUUUUGGAGCAGUAAUGAGUGUAAAUGAGGAACUUUUGUGCAGUUUUGAACUACUUAAACCACUUGAUGCUGCUUCAAUGUUGAAAUUACAACAGCAAAAUAAUAAACAAAGGCGGAGGAGUGGAAUUGGGCCUUAUAGUCCAUCUUCUAUUAAUUAA